AUGCGACGCAAGUCCUCCAAUUCCUCGGCGGUGGUUGGCGGACCCCGCGGUCGGAAUGUGGACAGUCUCUCUUUGAUUUCGCGUUUUUUCGUUUGUCUUGUCUUGGCUAUGCAACUGGGAUCUAUGGCAACAGAAUGUCAGCAGACGCUCUCAACAUCGUUGACGAAGCAAGAGGUGAAGGAUACGGGUGAGAACAGUCUUCCAGAAGAGAUGAGUCCACAGUCUGCCAUCAGAUGGGACGAGAGCCAGUCCAGAUGCGAAGCCAGCGACACAAUGAGACAGGGCGACACGCCGGCCAACAACAAGUUCGAGUAUCACACAAGUCAAAGCAUGGCAUUAAGGCAGAGGACGGGUGAGAAGGAAGUCCAGCAAAAGAUGGGAGGGUUGGUGUCGGAAACUAAUGAUUGUAAGAGAAGGGAGGGAAGUCUGGCAGUGCAGGCGUUGAUGUCUCAGAGAAGCGUCGCUCAGCCAGAUUGCGACCGGGAGAAGGCAGUGCAAAGGAAGGGCAGCAAGGUCAGAAAAGACGGCAACGCAAAGAAGAUGAGAUGCAGAGGGCAGUGGCACCAGUCAGAGCCAUUCCAGAUGUCCAGUACAGAGGUGCCAGGCCAGGCCAGGCCCAGAAAGCUCGCCGUCGCCAAAGGACGUCUCCAAGGUCCUUCCAGAUUUUGGCGCAAGAUCUUGCCGGCGGGCGCCGCUUCCAUUCUCCAAAAGUCAUGCGACGGCAAUGGCAGUGUUUGUGAAAGUGUUUGGGACGGGUGGGGGAGUUGUACUUACCGCUUUGUGGAUGAAGAGAGAAGGGAAGGAAAGGAGAGAAAGGAAGCAGGAGGGAAGGAGAAGGUAUACCUGGCGCCAGGAGCUCCUCGGGCCGUCAUGCGUGGCGGAGGAGGUCGGGAUGACGAGGUCAACGACAUUGUAACGACACCACAACGUCACGCUUGGUGGAGGAGGUUGGGGACGGGGGUGAUGGGAGAACGACACUGCCACGACAUUACAACGUCACGCGUUGUGGAGGAAGUCGGUGACAGAGUGAUGGAAGUGAAAAGUGAGAUUUCAUGUGAGACGCUCGGACCAUCAAUGCCAAGACAUAUCACUGAUAUUUCCUGGCUCAGCCUCGCCCCAAUAUUGUUUCUGAAGAGUCUGGAUAUGAUGAUUCUGGGACUUGCUCGCUGUGCAUCUAAUCAAAAUCGCGCUUCGUCCGCGUGGUUGUUCUUACUUCAAUAUUCGGAAUACCUGGCCCGAGCGCCUGACGUUCGGCAUGCCGAGACUUCCCGAGCAGCCAUGCGACUGACCUUCUGCGCGAUCAAGGUAUACGAGGACUUUGCGGCGCAGCGAUAUUGCAUACACAUGUUGCAUGACAGAGAAGCAACACAGCCGCCAUUGGAGAGCGACAAAUCACAACUUGCGACCGAUCGACACCACAAUCUUGAAAAGACUCUAUUCCGUACUAUUCCACUCCACGACGUAGCAGCACUACACCCAAACCAACACCUCGAACCCGCCAUCCCAACAUGUCCUUCCCACCCCUACCCCGUCUUCCUGCAAACACUAACCUCCGUCUCCGUCCCAGUAGGACAAACGCAUAUCCCCACCCCACCCCCCACCGUCUCCGUCGUCAAAACACACCCUCCACACUCAACUUCCUUAUCGCCACAACCAGGCUCCACAUGCGUGACGGUCGUGAAGCACGCAGCACAAGCCGUCUCGGAGGCGUCGCGCAUCGACAUUGUGGUGUGGGGGCAUAUUCUAAGUCGCAGCCGUAGCAGUUUGUAUAACUUGUGGUGGUAUGUUGGUUUCUUGGGCGGAGAUGAGGGCCAGGAGGGCGAAUAUCGUGAGGGUGGUGGAGGUCAUGGUUACUGUUGGAUUGUAAUAGAUCUUGCCCUUUUUAUGUCCGCAGCUCCAGCGCAGAUGUUUUUUUUCUUUUGA